CUUUCCUACACGCCAUCCAAACGGGACCCUCCUGAGUCAAAUCCUCAUCAUCUCCCACACACCCACGCUCACAAACCCUAGAUCCCCUUUUGUUUUCACCUUUUCCAUCCGCCGCCGCCGCCGCCCCCUUCAAUCCCCGAUCCGGCUUCCGAUUUCUUAAUCCACACCCCUCUCUGUCUUUCUGCCGUCACGCGCUUCCGAUCUGGUCGCGGUAAAUAUGACAAACAAACGGCCUUUUGAUGAUGAGGUGGUCUAUGAGGGUAAUCCUAAACAUCAUAGACAAGAUAAACAUAGUGCAGAUAUCACUUCAUGUAAUGAAAGUUAUUCUAAAGGAGGUUUAUGCGAGAAGAACUACGGUCUAGGCAGGGAAUUAGCAGGUGAGGCUAACAUGGGUAAAAGUGAUGUGACAAGAUCUGUUUCGUUGUCACAUUGGACUACCAGUAGUUGCACUAGUGAUGAAGAUGAGCUGCCAGAAGAUACGUUUCAAUCUCCGUUCUUCCCUGGAUAUUUCACUUUUGGCUGUUCUGCCAGACCAGCAAUAAACCCAGAUGAUUCAUAUAAUUGCUUGUUAGAUUAUCCUCCUCGGAAGCAAGUUCCUGUUGGGCCUGAUCACCAAGCUGUUAUUCCAUGUUGGAACCCUCAGGAAACUUAUGAGGGAGAAUUGGGUGGGAUCCCUGUCUUGCCAAAUCCCGAGACUGAUGAAAAAGUCAUGAAUGGUUGGACCAAAUGUACAUGCCCAGAUGAGGGUUCUAUCAGAUGUGUGAGGCAACAUGUUGCAGAAGCUAGAGACAAACUGAGGAGAACUUUUGGUCCGGCCACCUUCACGGAGUUGGGUUUUGACGAGAUGGGUGAAGUUGUGGCUGACAAAUGGAGUAAAGAGGAAGAGGAGUUGUUUGACGAGAUUGUAUACUCUAACCCAGCUUCAAUGGGCAAGAAUUUCUGGAAUACUCUGUCUACUGCUUUCCCUUCAAAAACAAAGAUGGAGAUUGUCAGCUACUACUUCAACGUUAACAUGCUUAGGAAGCGAGCUGAGCAAAACAGAUGGGACCCAUUGAACAUUGAUAGUGAUAAUGAUGAAUGGCAGGGGGAGAGUGACAACGACGAGUCCACUAUCCAGGAUGGUCUUGACUUCCCUCAAAAGCAGCAUUGUCAUGAAAGUGAGGAUGAUGACGAAGAUCUCUCUGAUGAGGGGCCUGGCCGGAAUUCUUCUGAUUUUGAUCCUUCCUUUGAGUCACCUGGUAUGAAGAAGUCUGUUGACGGUGGAGAAACUGGUCUCCAAGAUGGAGGAGGAUCAUGCACAUCUUCAGAUUCAGGGGUGCAAGGUGGCCCCUUGAAGCCAGAUAAUGGCUCCCUAGAGUGGAAUGGAUAUAACUUAGAAUCAUCUGAUGGUAAAACAAUGUGGGAUGUGUAUAAUGUGAGUUGCCCCAAGUUUAAUUUUGAUUUCUUACCGACGUGCAGUAUGAUUGAGGAGAUCUUUGGAGAGGGAGAUUUUGACUCCAAAGGCAAGAGAUGGUGAAUGGUCUUGGCUCUGCCUCUGGAAAAGAUUUACCAAAUGCCUAGUUCUCUUGUCCUUUCUUGUCCUCAUUUUAGAGCAUUAGAAUGUCCAGUUUUCCUGUUGUAAAUUGCCAUUAAAGUGGGAAGAUGGGAGUCAGCAUAAAAAUGUAAAAUAGUACAGAAUAACUUUAUUCUGUUUGAGAAAAGUAGCCCUUACAUUUUUGGGUUCUCUUUAUUAAACUUGGAUAUCAUCUCAAUUCUCAAGGGAAAGUUGCACAAUUUGUU